AUGGGUGUAAUACAAAGAAUAAAGAAACCAACUACACGAAAAGGUAAAAAGGUUUUACUAUCUAAAGAACCUAAAGCCAUAGAAGGUCCCAAACAAUGCAUAUUUCUUCAAGCCCGAAAUCCUUCUGAACAAGCCAGAAAUGUUCUUAAAGAUAUGUACAACUUGAAAAAACCUGAUGCAGCUUAUUUAAGCAGGAAAAAUGACUUUGUUCCCUUUGAAGAUGCUAGCGUUAUUGAAAAAUUGUGUUACAAAAAAGAGGCAGCCCUAUUUGGAGUCAGCUCUCACAGCAAGAAAAGACCACACAAUAUAAUACUUGGCAGAACCUUUAAUUAUAACAUUUUAGAUAUGAUUGAACUCGGAGCUGAUAAAUUCAAAGCUAUGUCUGAAUUUCAUAAUAUGAAAGUCUUAGCGGGGACUAAACCGUGCCUGCUGUUUAACGGUCCCGCUUGGGAUUUAAACCAAGAUUUAAAGAGAUUGAAGUCUCUCUUUACAGACUUUUUCUAUAGAGAAAAAGUGGAAACCAUAAGACUGCAGGGAUUGGAACAUGUUUUGAGCUUCACUUCUACUCAAGAUGGUACCAUCUAUGUAAGAUCUUACAGAAUUCUACUCAAAAAGAGUGGACAGAGGACACCAAGAAUUGAAUUAGAAGAAAUUGGUCCUUCAAUAGACUUUAAGCUUCGGAGAACUAAGUUGGCAUCUGAUGACUUGUACAAGGAAGCAUGCAAAGUACCAAGAGAACUUAAACCAUUACCCAAGAAGAAUAUAUCAACAGAUGCAUUUGGAACUAAGAUGGGCCGAGUACACAUGGGACGACAGGAUAUUAACAGAUUACAGACAAGAAAGAUGAAGGGUCUGAAGAAAAGUGCUGAGGAGAAGAAACAAAUGCUAUUGAAGAAGAAAAUGGCCAAAAAAGAGGCAAAAAAAGCCCAACCUGUUAAUUGA